CCAAAAUAAAAAUGCUGGAAAGAGCAAGAUAUCUUUGAUCUAUGCAGAUAUUUUCCAUUGAGGCACUUUAGUAAUCUACUGGCAACAACCAUAGCCAGAUUUUUUUUUUUUUUUACUUUCUUUUACAACUGAUGUUGUUUUUUUCUCCUAUUUGUCAGUUAAUAGGCAAAUGGAGGAAUGAACCUACUUAAAAUUGCUUCUUCAGCGCGUAGUUCUGUUUCAUCUCGACUGUUGUGGCUUAGUAUCUUUCUGCUACUUUGCCUUCCUGACUCAAAAGGAAAAGCCAUUUGGACAGCUCACUUGAACAUAACAUUUCAGGUGGGAAAUCAGAUCGUAUCAGAAUUAGGAGAGAGUGGAGUAUUUGGGAAUCAUUCUCCUCUGGAAAGGGUGUCUGGUGUGGUGGUCCUUCCUGAAGGAUGGAAUCAGAACGCUUGUAAUCCUUUGACCAAUUUCAGCAGACCUGAGCAGGCAGACUCUUGGCUGGCCCUAAUUGAACGGGGAGGCUGUACUUUUACCCAUAAAAUCAAUGUGGCAGCAGAGAAGGGAGCAAAUGGGGUCAUCAUCUAUAACUACCCAGGGACAGGCAACAAAGUAUUUCCCAUGUCUCACCAGGGGACAGAAAACAUAGUCGCAGUGAUGAUAGGCAACCUGAAAGGCAUGGAACUUCUUCACCUGAUCCAGAAAGGAGCCUAUGUGACGAUCAUCAUCGAAGUGGGCAGAAUGCACAUGCCGUGGCUGAGCCAUUAUGUUACGUCGCUGUUUACCUUCUUGGCUGCCACAAUCACCUACCUUUUUUUGUAUUGUGCCUGGAGACCCAGAGUACCCAGUUCUUCUACCAGGAGGAGAAGGCAGAUCAAGGCAGAUGUGAAGAAAGCGAUCAGUCAGCUUCAACUGCGAGUGCUCAAAGUCGGGGAUAAGGAACUAGAUCCAAAUGAAGACAAUUGUGUUGUUUGCUUUGACAUAUACAAACCCCAAGACGUAAUACGUAUUUUAACUUGCAAGCAUUUUUUCCAUAAGGCAUGCAUUGACCCCUGGCUUUUAGCCCAUAGGACAUGCCCCAUGUGCAAGUGUGACGUUCUGAAAGCUUAAGAAGCCCAGCACAUCUUCCCAAGACGAAACCAGAUCUUUCCAAAGAUUAAGAUUAGAUGAAUUCGCUUGCACUUUACGUAGAAAGAAAACUUCAACUUCAGCUUCUCUAUCAAGUAUGAAAGAGGGUGAAAUUAGUGUGUUUAAAAAAUAAACUGCAUGUCAUGC